AUGGCAAUCGAUAAGACUUGGGUGACCAUGAGAAAUCGUAAGGAUCCAGCUUACUGGGAAGGUCUCCAAGUCUUUAUGGAACUUGCGUCUAAACACAAGGAUUGUGACGGAAGAAUUUUCUGUCCUUGUGUUAAAUGCAAGAAUACUAGAUUGCAUCCUUUGAAUACUGUGGAGGCACACAUCUUUACAAAGGGUUUCGAGAGCAGCUAUGAGAGGUGGAUUUACCAUGGAGAGCCAGAUGAACCUGUCGAGGCUAACAUCAAUGUCGAUGCGGAUGAGAUGGCUGGUGUAAUUGAAGAUUUCUUCCCUCCUAUAGAUGACGACGAAAGAGCUGGUGAUGAUGAAAUGCAGAGGGGUCAGUAUUAUGAUGACAUGUUUGAGGAGAUUGAGGCACAGUUGUAUCCUGGUUGCGAUUGGAUAUCCUCCCUCAACUUUAUAGCAAAGUUGAUGCACUUGAAAAAUUUGGGAAAAAUACCAAAUUAUAUCUUUGAUGAAUUGUUGAAGUUGUUGAAGUUUGCAUUUCCGAAGGAGAAUAAAAUUCCUGCAACACACUAUGAGGCGAAGAAGAAAUUAGGAAAAUUAGGAUUAGGGUACGAAUCAAUCCACGUGUGCGUGAACAAUUGUUGUUUGUUUCACAAUGAGCAUGCCUCGAAAGAUUUUUGCCCGGUGUGCGGGACCAGUAGAUGGAUUAAUGAGGAGACAAGCGGAAAAAAAGUAGCGCAUAAAGUGAUGCGCUACUUUCCGCUGACUCCUCGAUUGAAAAGAUUAUACAGUUCAAGACAUACAUCCAAAGAGAUGGUAUGGCAUCGUGCCGAGUCGUGUGAGAGAAAAUAG